AAGAAGCACUUCGACAACCAUUGAACUCUCAAGCUAUUAAUAGCAAUCAAGUUUAUGGAAGGCCACCAAUCUUAGAUAAAUCAGCACACAAUCGCCUAACACAGCUUGUUCUAAAUAAUCACCGUAUAACUAAAAGAGAUAUUCAAGCUGCAUUGGAACAGCAAGAAGGAAAA